GGGGCAAAGCAGCCCUUGGGCUUGUGGGUGCCCUAUGGGUGUGAGGUGGCAGAAGCCGACAGCUGUGGGUGUUGGAUCGGGGGCUGCUGGGGGGUGAGGACCCCCCCCCAAACGCCCUCCAUCAUCCCCACAGCAGCACCUCCCGCGGCCCCCGCAGCCGCGCUGCCGCCAUGAACUGCCGUGCCGAAGUGCUGGAGGUGUCGGUGGAGGGCAGGCAGGUGGAGGAGGCCAUGCUGGCCGUGCUGCACACAGUCCUGCUGCACCGCAGCACGGGGAAGUUCCACUACAAGAAGGAGGGCACCUACUCCAUCGGCACUGUUGGCACUCAGGACGUGGAUUGCGACUUCAUCGAUUUCGCCUACGUUCGUGUUUCCUCGGAGGAGCUCGACCGGGCUCUGCGUAAAGCUGUGGGGGAAUUCAAGGACGCGCUGCGCAGCUCAGGCAGCGACGGGAUGGGGCAGAUCUCCUUGGAGUUCUACCAGAAGAAGAAAUCCCGUUGGCCCUUCUCGGAUGAGUGCAUCCCCUGGGAGCUGUGGACCAUCAAAGUGAACGUGGUGAACCUGGCCAACGAGCAGGAGAGGCAGAUCUGCCGCGAGAAGGUGGGCGAGAAGCUGUGCGAGAAGAUCAUCAACAUCGUGGAGGUGAUGAACCGCCACGAAUACCUGCCCAAAAUGCCCACGCAGUCCGAGGUGGACAACGUCUUCGACACCAGCCUGAAGGACGUGCAGCCCUACCUGUACAAGAUCUCCUACCAGAUCACCGACACGCUGGGCACCUCCGUCACCACCACCAUGCGGCGCCUCAUCAAGGACACGCUGGCUCUGUAGGACCCCUGGAUGUGGGGUGCGUCCCCCUGGAGGUGCUUCCCACCUUUUGUGGAGCGUUUUUGGGAUCCUCUGUCCCUCCUCUCUGCUUCUGGGAGCUUCUGUGAGGAGCUGGGCUGGGCCUGCCCCAAUAAUUGUGGGGUGCUGCUCCCGUGGUGCUCACCUGAUCCGAGGAACUGGCUCGGCAGCCCCGAAGGUGGGUGAGUGGCUGCCCCACACCCUGCCUUCCUCUGGGGCAGAAAUAAAUUAUUUCCCUUUUCCCAU